AUGAGGAAAAACAAAAUAUAUCUUGCAGCAGUAUUGUUUACAUUAGUAGGCGGGCUGUGCAUCUUUGGAAUAUUUAAGUUGACAUCAUGCAGUAAGGAAAAACUACCAGAUAAGCUCAAUGCACAUAGCAAACAAAAUCCUUCAGAAGUACAAGACAAAGCAGAAAACAGCAACGAGCUAGAUCGCCCUGAUGAAAGUACAGUAUACGGUUUUUACACGGGUAUAUACUUUGAAGUUUUGCACCACAAACAUUUAUAUGAAAAAAUAGCAGAAAAGCUCAAAAAUAACGCUGUUCUAACAAAAGUGCAAGAAGAAUACUAUAAAAAGUAUUCGGCAGUUGAAGAAAAGGUGGAAAGAUUUCUUGAGCCUCUGCAUUCUUUAAAAAAGAAUUUUAGUCUGCCAAAAGCCAUGGAUCCGCAGUUUUAUAAUGCAACUAAAAAAGAAAUGCAGGAAAUAAGAGUUGCAUUGGAUGUAGAAGAUAAACGAGCUCUUUGCUCUUAA